UCAUUCGAAACCAUCUUCCAUCUCGCAAAUAACAGAGCAAAACUAAAUUACGCAAAUCAAAGAGCGCGCGACAAGUCCCCCUCUAACUUUUUCCAACUCUACACUUCAAUUACAAUAAUUAUACGUAAAAUUCCACUGAUAACGCGAUCUGAAUUCGCUUGUCAAACAAGAGCAAAGAGAGUAAACAAUAUUAUCACUCUUUUGAUAAGAGCAUUUGUGUCCACCAUUCCUCCGGGAUCGGUCGUGUGUGUGAAAAAAAAGUGAAAAUAGAAAAAAAAAAUGCGGUUGUUUGGAGAGAGGCGCGACGCUCGCCGUCUCGCCUCCGAGUAAACCUGGGUACCCAGAAGUGUUGUGUUGUUAUAACUGGACGCACGUGCCGUUGUGAACACCAGUGUGAACGACUGUGAACGCGUUAUUCUCGUGUUACUUGGUAAUUUUUGUGGCAUAUUCAAAUGUUGGCAUCGGCACUUUAAAUCUUAAUGCCAAAGAAGCAUACAAGUUCCCGGAGAGCAGGACAAAACAAAAGUGAGGUUUUCAACACGCUGAGAUCGAGGACUAGCCGGUCCUUGAUGUACCCGACAAGUUACAAGCUUUGCGCCCAAAAACUUAUUCUGACUAAGAGACCCUGUCGCUACUCCGCUAGAGACCCGAGGUUAAGACACUGGUCCAGAGAAUUCUAUUCCUAUACAUAUAACCAAUCCCUACAUUGGUUUUAAACGAUUACAAAGAAUUAUCCUUUAGAGGACUGACUUAGAUACACAAGUACGUAUCAGACGCGUGCUUCUAAAAAGAUCGUCCCAGAGACUAAUGGACUCGGAACGAGCCUAUGCAAAUGGAGUUGCAGGCAAAGAGAAAACGAUCAAAUAUGAACACAAAGUACCGUCUGAAGAGGAGAAGACUACGUCGCCCCUCCUUAACACGUUGAAAACCAAUGACUUGAAGUACAUAGACGAAAAAGAUGACAAUUUAGAGCGAGAUGUAAAGGACGAAAAGCCCAAAGAAGAUCUCAACAAAGUAAAUUCUAUGAAAACGGAAUCAAACUCACCUAAAAAUACUUUAUCUGUGGCAUAUAGAAAUGAGAAAAAUGACGAAGACGCAACUUCUACUAACGAAGGUGUUAAGUUUUUGGGCUUGGGAGAGGUUGACAGUAUCUGUUCAAGCAAACCACCUGAGCAGACACCUCAGAUACCGGAUGGUGGAUGGGGUUGGGUAGUUGUGGCUGCUUCUUUCUUAAUUGCUACCGUAGCAGAUGGAUUGGCAUUUUCCUAUGGGUUUUUGAAUACUGAAUUUGUUGCAUUUUUUGGAAAGUCAGAAUCACAGACUUCGGUUAUUGGCAGCCUUUUUAUCUCUGUUCCAUUGAUACUGGGACCUAUAAUGAGCGCACUAGUAGACCGAUAUGGUUGUAGAAACAUGACAAUACUGGGCGGUGUGGCAUCUACAAUAGGAUUCGUAGCAGCUUCAAUGAGCAAUUCUGUGGAGGUGUUGUAUAUAACUUAUGGUCUCAUGGCUGGUCUUGGAAUGGGAUUAUUAUACGUGACAGCUGUGGUAUCCAUAGCUUAUUGGUUUGAAAAACGUAGGAACUUAGCCGUAGGCUUGGGUUCAUGUGGCGUCGGAUUUGGGACUUUUAUUUAUUCACCUCUUACUACUUAUUUAUUAAAAGAGUACGGAUGGAGAGGCACGUUGUUACUUCUGGCCGGUACAGUAUUGAACGUAUGUAUUUGCGGUGCUGUUAUGAGAGAUCCAGAAUGGUUGAUUUUGGAACAAAAGAAACAGAGGAAGUUAAGUCAUGCAAAGAAGGCAUCAAGUUCUAUUUCGAUAUCUGCAAGAUCAGCCAGAUCUGGUGGCGCAGAUUCAGUGUAUCCAGGUAUAGAGGAGCUUAAAACUCUUAUGAAGAGCGGUGAGACACCGGAAUAUAUUUUGACCACGUUAGUAGCAUCUGUAGCUGAAGCAGAAAAUCUGGAAGCGACAACUAAACAAAAUACAGACUUGUCGCAACAAAAAGUCAGCUCUGUCAUUAACUUGCCAACAUUUUUGAAGCAAAGCGAAAGGCUACCUGUUGAAGUAUUGGAACAACUAUCAUCCAACAAACGUCUCUAUAAUAUCGUAUUACAAAAUUAUCCUUCUCUUCUUGCUUUGAGAAGCAACUCUGAACAAAAACUGCCCAUAGAGCCAGUUUCAGAAGCUGCGAAAACUAAACCAGUGACCAUGUCUAUGAAGCUCAAGUUGAAAAAGAAGCAGAAGAAAGAUUUUGAAUCAAAAUUGGAAAAAGUGAGAGAGACUCUUCUUCAGCCGAUACCCGAGAAUAAGGCCCCAGUGAUUUCGCCAAGACAAGACUGGUUGUCACGACAACUAUAUACUGAUCAUCAUUACCUGAGGGACAUAAGGGUUCACCGUAAUUCUAUUAUGCAUAGAGGAGCUAUGAUGAAUAUUGCUAAAUAUAAACUACGCGCUUCAUCCUGCCCUGAUAUUUAUAAAAAUUCCAUGUGGUCUAUGGAGGAUGACCAAGUAGAAAAGACAUGUUUUCGCCGUGUGAUUGAUACGAUUAACAAGACGUUUGACUUCAACAUGUUCACCGAGUUCCACUUCCUCAUCAUGAAUCUCUCGACCCUUGUGCUUUUCAUAUGGUUUAUAGUGCCUUACUUCUACGUCACGACGCUUAUGACGAUGAACAACUACACCUCGGAGGAUGGCACUUGGAUGCUCAGUAUUCUUGGAGUAGCUAACAUUAUCGGAAUUGUCGGUUUCGGCUGGUUUGGCGAUCUGCCCUGGGUGAACAUAACCAAGACAUACGCGAUUUGUCUGGUCGUUUGCGGAGUGAACAUCUUCCUAUUUCCGAUCCUCGUCGAAUUCCUGAACCCCGCUCACCGACUCAGCUUCUACAUCCUCGUCUUCAACGGAGUCAUGUUUGGCCUGACCUUCUCCAGCUCAUACUCCUACACUCCAAGUAUUUUGGUGGAGUUGAUUGCCCUUGAAAGAUUCACAAUGGCUUACGGCUUGGUUCUGCUCAGUCAGGGUAUUGGACAUCUAGUGGGACCUCCGAUAGCCGGUUUUCUCAAAGAUGUGACCGGCCACUGGGACCUCUCGUUCUACAUAGCAGGAAUCUCUGUCAUCAUCUCCGGCCUAUUAGUGGGCAUCAUACCUUACACAAAGAACUUUAGGAUGUGUGGCAGCUCGCCCCUUUCGAAGGACGUUGCGGGUGAACCAGACCCGAAUAUUAAGAUUAUUAUAGCUCAUUAGUUGUGCUUGUAAUGUACCUCAAGUUUACUCCCGUAGAAAUGUUCGAGUUAGUUAUAGGCGAUAUUUACACAACGCGGCAUCAUAUUAUUCUACCGUGCGAUCGAUUCUACGUAUGCGCGCAGGUUUUUCUUAGAGGCCCGUGAAAUGUGAGGUCGGCGCUGUGUGAUGGGAAUAUUGGCUACGCCGUGUUAUUUCUCAAAAUUUGAAAGAAAGGGAAAAUAAAUACAAAAUUUGCGAAGAUUAAAAUAGAAAGAUGGCAUUCUAAAAAAUAUCUUUAUUUUGUGGAUUGAAAAUGACUUUAUGUAAGUUCUGUCGUUUGUAUUUUAAUAAUGAAUUGCAAUUUGUUGUACUAUCUUCUCAUACAAGCGUAAGAAAGGUAGAAGAAUCUUCCGUGCUAAUAUUAUAAAUGUGAAGAUGUGUUUGUGUAUUGGUUUGUCAGUAUUUCACGUCAAAAUUGAGGUAAUUUUUGGUGUGGAGUUAGUUGAAGAACUGAAGAGGGUCAUGGGCUCAGGUCACGGGCUACAUAUAGCCGCGGACGACAGCUAAUGAAAGUGAUAGAAUAAUAAUCAACGGGUCACGGUCAAGGCCCGUCAUCCCGCCUUAGUAACAAUUUCUAUUUAUUUUGGUAAAGAAGGUGACUCUAUAGGUAUUAGAUUUAUUAGUUUAGAUUUGUGUGUAUUUUUAUUAUAAUUUUAGAAUUAGUUGCAAAGGUUUAGGUUCAUACGACUUACGGUGUGAUAAAUAUAUUUUAAGCAGUUUCAUAAUGAUUUAUUACUUGGUUAGGGUUCCGAAUCUCAAAAGGAAACCCUUAUAAGUAGGAGCACUAUGUUGUAGACAAAUCCAUAUAAAAAAUCUGCAUAGGUCCCGUCAUUAGCCCCGUCAUUAAUUAAAAAGUUAAAGCAUAAGUACUUUAAGCUGUCGUUCUCUCUUUCCGUCUAUUCCAAAUUUUGAAAUACGUUUGAAUUUUGAGAACAUGCGAUAGUGACAAAAUAUAGUUUAGCUUAAAGUAUGUUUUCUAUUUUUUAUGAACAGUAAUAGUAUUUAUGGUAAAGUGAAAAUGAAAAUGAAAAUGAAAAAAUCUUUAUUUCUUCAACAUACAUUGUUUUAUAAAAACUAGUUGAUGAGAAAGUAGGUACCUACUAAUAGGCUAAAUUAUUUUUUGCUACUAAAUAGCACUUUUGCAUAUAUACAUUUAUUAUACAUAUUAUUGUAGAAUACUUAUACAUUUUUAGGUACAUAUAUGAUUACAGUGUAAAGUAAAGAAAACGCAAUUUUAUUGAAAUACAUUUAUUUGCCAUUGCAUUACCGAAUAUAAUCAGUGAUCAAGAUUGGUUAAUAAACACCCUGUGUUGCCAUCUAUUAGGAGACAGUGCCUUCAUUUAUUUUCUACUAUUUCUUGACAGACUUCACGUACUUACCUAAACUUUCUCCACAACACUAUUUUGUGAAGAAUACAUUAUGUUUACGCCUCGCCCCGAUUAAUAAGUGCGGGGAUAAUUAUUAGUGGUUAGUUUUACCCUACGUAUAAAAUAUAUUUUUAGAUGAACUUACUCAAAUCUUAUGUAAUAACAACCAAGUAAGAAAAUAGUUAUUCUCAUCAUCCAGUUAAUGAAAGCUAAUAACAGUACCAACCAUUUAAUCACCAAAAAUGUAUGAGAGACAAACAGUUUUGCACAUGAGAUUAAAUCUGUCACGAAUUUUGAAACUUUGUUUUAAACUUAGGUUUAAGUGCAUAUCGUAUGAUUAUUGUAUAUGUAUUAAGGUGUGAAUUUGGUGUACUGUGUGCAGUAGAACCUUUUUAAAAUUUAUUUUUUGUAUAUUUAACUUAGAAUAGGUAUAUAGUGCAGAAUCAUAGAGCCCGCGACGCGUCACGAAAGAAGUCUCGCAGUCUAAGUAUCCUAUAUCGUUAUAAAAUCGUAAUUAAUUAGACACCUAAUAACCUAAACCUUCCUCUUGAUUCACUAUAACUUUAUAACACUCGAUCAAGUUCCGUUUCGUAGUUUGAAAUAUCAUAUAUAGGGACAAACAGCGGGAAGCUACUUUGUUUUAUAUGAUGUAGUGUGAGGACAUAGCUACAGAAUAUUAUGAAAAAUACAAAAAAUAUAUCUUGAACCGACUACCUAUAUUGUUAGGAAUAUAACUAUAUACAAAAUUAGAUAUUUUAAAUUAUGAUUUAUCGUGAUACUUAGUAAAUAGACAUUUAUUAGGUAGGUACCUAAUUAAUUUUGUAAUUGCGUGUUCCUUAAUAACGUGGUGUUCUAUCUUUGCCUUAUUAGUGUGGUGAAAACUAUGAAUUUAUUUUUUUAUGGAAUUUUCAAAGUAUUGUAGUGUAAGUUUGUUGAUCUACUUAUUUAGAAUAGACGACUUUAUUAUUAGAUAUGACUUAGUAUGAAAGUAUAUAAUGAUAUCUACAUAAAUAAAUUAAAGUUUGAGAUUUGA